CACAUAUAGAGAAACGGGGUUGGUGUAUUUUGUCAAACUUGGGGAGGUGGGAGGUCUUUAAAAGUGUUCUCUGACAGCUGAAACAGUUAGUCUCAGUCUGAACUCACUCAAGGGAGGAGGAGCACAUCAAGCAAUGCUUUGAAGAACAGCGCCGCAUGACAAAGUGUCAGAUUUACUUAACAACGAAUUCCUUUCUGUGGAGUGGAAGUGGAUAUACGAAAAGGAUCUUUUUGCUUCAAUGUGUGUGAUAGAGGAGUCUGGUGUUUUCCUAAGUCAAACACGUACCAGAUGACCAUCUUUGUGUCAACCCUGAGUCAGAGCAAAGUUAAGUUGCAGGUAAAGUGUCUGUUUGUGUUUAUGUUCCUGAGCUUCCCCUUGACCAUGGCUGUGAUCCCUGGUCCAUGCAGACACUCAAUCACAAGGGAGCACCUGCUGACUGUCAGGCAAUUGAUGGACAAUCAGUUGAGAAGCGGAUGCUCAAUAACCUACACAUUUGUAGAGCAGAGAAGUUUGAGCAAAUGUUGCUUUGUGAAAGCUGCUUUACCUUGGAUCCUGGAACUGCUUACCACCCACUUCAAGUAUAACCGGGGUUCAGUGAAUGAUGGCUAUGUGCAGUCUUUGAGAGCACUCAUCCUCAAUAUUUAUUCACAGAAAUGUGUGCCUCAGAUUAAUGAAGAGGUCGAGAAUAAGCCUGAGAGUUUUGAGAUGCUCUACAGGGGGUCCCCUUCAGAAGCACUUCAAAAAGCAUCAGAAGUGUUGUUUGUUUAUUGGGAACUAGUCACUACCAGUGAUACACCGGUGGACUGGAAAUGCCAGCAUGAAUACUUAGAAGCCUUUGGCUCAACCACAGAGUUACCCACAGAGUCAACCACAGAAUAUUUUACAGAUAGUUAUGGUAGGGACUCUGUAAAGGCCUAUCAGAGAAAACCGAUCAGAGACCUAUACAAGCUUGGCUUCAUCAUUGCAUCCAUCUGCGGAGGACUUCUGGUCAUACUAACACUCUACUGUGUCGUCAUAUACAAGAUCAGCCAGGAUCUAUGCAGUGUUGCUACUGUGAUAAAAAACUCAAAUCUAUCACGGAUCAAGAACACAUGCAAAUUCGAGAAGAGAUCCACAGGACAUAGAGAUGGAGCCACAGUAAUGUAGCAAGAACAAAUCACCACGUCAGAGAGAGCACAUGGAAGCUGUAAAUUUUAUCCAAUGCAAAGAAAUCUCAAUGUCCUCCUUUGUAUGAUAUAUCCAGCUUACCUAUUUAAUCUUUGCUUUGACCAAGAACAAUUGUUGAAUCCUACUUUGAAUUAUGCUGUAUAUAUUGUGCAUUUCAAUGGCAGAUAUCUUUUCCAGCUGACUAGAAAAGUUUUAUUUUUUACAGUAGACAUGUUUGUUGAUUAUGCGUCUUUAUUUGGCACUACUUAACCAACUAUUUGUGAUGUAAUUUUUGCAAAAUAUUUGCAUGUUAUUUAUUAUUUUAACUCUAUCCAGUCACUGUAUUGAUAAUAAAAAAAAGUUAACUAUCCAAGCCACCGUGUUUAUGUACAACCCUGUACCAGAGUUUAAGAGGCCCUUUUCUGAAAGUUAUUUUCAAAGAUUUGC